CGCUGUAGAUGAUACUCCAGCGGUGACCGAGCCAUUGCAUCGUGAAAUUGGCACUCAAACUGACAUGCCGUUAAUUUUCGAGCUAUCAAAUGUUUUAUUUGAGCCGGAUGGAACUCCCAUUCCUGAUGGCACAUUAGUGAUGAUAAGAGGUCCGGUGCAAAUAAUUACAACCCCCCCACCGCCGGUUGAUGAAGUGGUUGAAGUGGUUCCGGCCAACGAAUCGGUUCCGACUAAUAACCAUCCAAAGCCGCCAGAACAACUCUUCGAAGCCGACAAUUUGGCUGAUAUACCAAUCGUAUUCAGCACCGGUUUUGAAGAGUUGGACAACGACUACGUUGACUUCAACAUUGACGAUGCGCUGCAGUUUCAAAAUAAAAAGAAUUAAAUUCAUAAUCCGAAACUGUUGUCCGUACUUUUUUUUCAAAAUAAAGACAAU